CAUAUUAUUUUUUAUUGAUAAAUAUAAGAGUUGGUGAUUAGUAAUAGGUUUUGAAAAUAAUUGCCGGAGAAAGCUUUGAUUGUAUCUUAGCCUGGGGGAUUUUUUUGGAAAAUUGGGUACUUCAGAAUCUAAAGGAAGCAAAGUCAAAUAUAAGUUUAGAGAAGGUAGUGUGAUGGUUCACUAUGGCUACUUCUCUUCAGUUUCUUCUCCUCUGAUUAGCAGUAUGGAGUAAGACUGACCAUGAACCUUCCGUCAUUUUUUGCUUUCUUAUCAAGUUCAGCAAUAAUUUUCCAUAGACCACUUAUAGAUCAAAAGAACCGAGCCUCUAUUAAGUAGAAUGUUGACUUCCUCUUGAGAACUGUGAAUUACAGAGGAGGUAGGAAGUGUUAUAAUAGGAAGUGUUAUAAUUUUGACAAAAGAAUCUGAGAGAAGUCAAAUCAGCCAGUGGUGCUACAAAUGGAGAGAACAACGUUAGGAAAAGAAAAAAAAUUAUGGUAUCGAAUGAUAUUCCAAGUGAUUCUUUUAAGCUUUAUUUUAUGAAAUGUUUCUUCUGUGCAUCCUUGCAGAUCUUCUCAUAAUGAAGUGAAAUGAGUGGAGAUCUACCCAAAAAUAUGCAUCUUUUAGCAUCUUAAGAUAGUGAUUGAGAAACCAAUUGAGUAUUUAGAGCUAAAUGUACCAAUUAGAGUGUAGUUGCAUCUGAAAGUGGUGGAUCUCAAUUCAAUUAUUAUAUAUGUAUUUGGCAAGUUACGCCAUUAGAUAUCAAAUAUGAGUUUUCAGUUAACUAUUAUUUUGUACUAAGGAGUCAAAACAUUAAACUUAGUUGUGUACUUAUUAGAAAAAGUAUUUACUUUUAUUGUGGUGAUAUAUUAGUAGUUCCAUGAACGAGUGUGAUCAUAGAAAGUAGAGCUUAUGUAGAUGCAUCAACCUGUAAAUAGUUCUAAACAUACAACAUAUGUUACAAGGAUGUUACAUUGACCUAUGUUGCUAAAGUGCAAGUUCAGAAUUCUCACAGUAUUAAAUACAAUGGUACAGUUCAGGAUUUGAAAUAUAUAUGGAGAACCGAGGGUCUUCUAAGGUUUUCAGGGGAUAGAUAGAGGUAGAUAACCCUUGGACAAAUGAUGAUGAGACAGAUAAUGGUGAGAUGACAUAUGUCAAUCUUUUACUGAAUCUAGAGCAUUAUACAGGUUACACUGGUCCCUCAUCCAGGCGAAUAUGGGAUGCUGUAUAUUCAGAGAAUUUCCCAAAAUUUGAUUCAAAGAUCCUUUCAAUUGGUUGAAGCACUUGUUUUUCGAAUCUUCUUAUGAGUUGUAUUUGUAGAAUUACAUUCAGAGAGAAACCAUUAAAAUGUGAAAAUACCUUCUUAAGCUAAGCUGGUAUGUUGUUGAAGCCUGCUUGUACUCAUGCAAACUACUUACCCUUGCGGUGCAUUACUGCCUUUGCCAACUAUGGUCAUGUAUUUGAACCCAUUAUCAUUGUGAAGAACUGAACACAGAAGUUACAAUUUUGUGGGCAGAUGCAUCUGGUGAGAUUUACCAGGAGAAAAAGGUUUUAUACAAGCUAAUAUCUGGUCUCCACUCAUCAAUCUCGAUACACAUAGCUGCUGAUGACCUGCUUGAUGAAACUACAAACCUGGCGGAACCUGUUGCAUACAUAAAAUAAUUCAUUAUGAAGCGUAAGCUAUUAUUUUGGAGCACUUUAACAGGAAACCUGGCUACUUUGAUGCAAUUUUAGUGGGGUACCAAUCCAGAUCUGAUGUAUGAUCGUGUUCUGCAAUAUCUUGAACGUGUCAGAAACUUGUAUUUUACUUACCUCUUUGUUCUCCGAGCUGUAACAAAA